CGCAGCGAAAUACUGUUCAGACUUUGAUCAGAACUGCCGGAGACAGUCGGAGUUGAUACGCUGGAAGCAUCCGGGUGUGUAAAGACAGUCACAAGUUUCCUGUCAGCUCGGCAAAGAGUGAACACACAGGUCAGGUUGGGAUGGCGGUGGCCCAGGGCCCGUUCCUGGCUGCUGUGCUCCUCCUCGUCUCUUGGCUCCACUGCUCCUCUCCCCUACCUGCCUGUCCGGAGUCCUGCACCUGUCAGAGCACUCCCCUGCUGAACUGUUCCUCCGCUGGCCUUUCCUUUGUGCCUCAACAAAUCCAAGACUCUGUCACCGAUUUAGACCUGUCUCAUAACCUCCUUGACUCUGUAACACUCUACCGACCACAUCGCAGCCUCAGGAAUGUGUGGCUGGGAAACAACAGUAUCACACGCUUGUCUCUCUGCAUGGAGAGAAGCAUCACAGGUAGACAUGUACAUCGCCUGAGACCUCAGAGCAGACCGGGAUGUGUAUCUUGGGCCCCCACCCUGCAGCUGCUAUCUGUUGAGAGGAAUCAGCUUGAGCAACUCCCACAGGGACUGGAGGGCAGUGAGUCCUUACAGGUUCUGCAGCUCUCCUUCAACAGGAUCUCAACUCUACGUCCAGGAGACCUGAGCCACCUUCGACAGCUAAAAGAGCUACACCUACAACAUAACCUCAUCACAAGUCUCCAUCCACAGAUGUUCCAGGAUUUAGCCCAGCUCCAGGUUCUCGAUCUGAGCUUCAACAUGUUGACCAGCCUCCAUCCUUUGACGUACUUCUCUCUCCGUAACAUUGGAGCUGAUGUUCAGCUGGGUGGGAACAGUUGGCAGUGUGAUUGCAGUAUGCGCAGUUUAAGAAGGCGGAUGGCAUAUGACAGCGGCAGAGGCCUGCAGGCUUGGAGCGUGGUGUGUGCUACCCCCUCCAUCAUCUCUGGCAGAGACCUGCUACAGGUGGAGGAGCAUGACCUUAACUGUUUUAGUGCUGAGGAUGGGCCAGAGGUCCACCGAGAUGUGACUGUCUAUAGUGGCUCAGAAAUACUGCUGUCUUGCUCUACACAAGAUUCAACAUGGUGGACACCCAGUGGUCAAGCAUCCGUGAGCCAACCUCAGGCUGGUCUGCUCAUCAGUGACGUCACAGAGAGAGACGCAGGACUAUAUGUGUGUGUGUCUGAAGAACACGAAGUUAUGUCUGUUUUUAACCUUCAAAUCAGUAAAAUAGGAGGUGCAAGAAGAAAAACUAGAAGUUUACCCAGAACCAGCCAAGAGAUCAUCCCACAGGACACCCCAGACAGGAUAGGUCAAGAAAGGAAUCCGAGAGCUACGCAGUCUAACUUGGCUCUGGCUGUGUGUCUGUCUGUUUUCAUCACAUUUCUGAUAGCCUUUAUCCUAGGAGUCCUAGCAAGACCUUGUAUUGAUGUACUUUGGGGAAGGAUCACCAAGAAGAAAAGUACCUCUGCGACCCACUCUGUCUCAUCUGUAGAACAAAGACAAUAUGACAAUGAGGCCUACUGCGAUGGUGAAGAACCACAACAAAUAGGAGCUCACAGGGAAAGAAGAGUCACAUUUAGCACUGUAGACUAUAGAGAAGACAGAAAUGUACAGUAUUAUGAUACCGUAGCCGGUGACAAUCAGGAAACCAUCAACAAUGAAGCAGUGAUUGAAUGUGAAGUACGCAAUACAAAUACAACUAGAGAUUCAGGAAGUGAAAACAGCGUACGACUGAGUAUAACAGAGGAUAACCAGAGAGAUGGCACAGUACUCUCAGGAGGCCACACACACAGCAUAGAGUUUGAACACAUCCCAGACCCUGUUGAGCAGGAGAAGAGGAGAAGCUUGUCUUCUUGCUCAGAUUCUUCACGAUCUGACAAAGUAUUCAAUGAGGACCAAAUGACUCAGAAAGCAGCAACAAAGUCUCAUCAGCUGGCAGAGGACUCCUCAACAGAUGUCAGAGUAGAGGUGUCACAAAUUUCUGUAGAGGGCACAAGUAAACUUCCUGGAUUUUCUUCAGAGCCCUUUGCAGAUUGGUCACCACAUACAAACAACACCAACAUUACAGACCCUGAACUGUGGCAGGAGAAUGAAGAACAAUUUGAGUUUAGUGAUUCUCUUCAUAGUUCGUCUGCAAGGUCCAGCAGUGUGCGCGGUUCUUUUAAUGAUUCAAAACUGAUUUUGGUGCCCAUUUCUGAUAAACAGAGGACAGAUUAUUCGUCCAGCUCUAGCUCACAUGUCAGUGAGGAUGAGCCCACACAGUACACUGUGAACUCAGACCAAGAGGAGGAGGAGGAGGAGGAUAAAGAAAGGAAGCACAAUAACCCUGAGGUCACUAACGCUAGCCUUAAACAGGGUGUUAGUUUUGAACAGCAGAUCCACAGUGUAGACUCUAUCAGGCCUACAGUGCGAUUUAAUCAGGUUGAUUACAGUUACGACAAGCAAAGGCCUGUAGUGAGACCAGAGGAUUCCUUUUCCUUUCAUUCCAGUGACAGUGAUGUGGAGGACUACACAGUUAAAAAAGGGCAAGUACCCAGUUUGGUUGUUACCAGUCACAGUAAGAGUCUGGACACUGGAGCACCUUCACCCUCUGCUGCUUAUCCAUCCUCUUCAAGCAGUGAGAGUGAAGCAGAAAUCAAAGACCUAAAGGUGGAACACAGUAUUGGCAGAUUGAAUGAGGGCAUCAAAAUCAAGAAGGCAGAAAGACUGUCAACUGACCGGGAUCGCAUAUGUAUCCCCCAAAUUAAGAGACAUGUAGAUAUCAAAACCCCGUUACCAGCUUCUGAUUCAUCCUCUAGUGAUGAGAGUACGGAUGAAACAACAAAUCACACAAAGAAGCAGGAACAAGGAGAGGUGAACAUAGCAGGGCAAUCUGUAACCCAUGAUGCCAUGAAGCCACAAUGUCCUGCUCUAGAUCCUGCCCCUGCUACUACCAUUAAGAGGCGGGCCCCAUUGCCACCUAUUGAUUCUUCUAGUGAUGAGAGUGCAAAUAAAACAAUGGAGCAGAAGCAGAAGCAAGGAGAGAUGCAAAUGAUAAGGCUUCCUAUUAAAGUAUCUCAAACAGCAAGUUGUGAUUCAGAUACACAAUGGCCUGCCCUAGAUCUGGAGCAUAUUCCUCACAUCAAGAGGCGUCUAGAUAUCAAAACACCAUCACCUGAUUCAUCUUCUAGUAGCAACAGUGAGGAUGAAACAACGAAACAUAUUAAGAGGCAGGAGCAAGAGCAGAUGAACAUGGCAAGGCCUCCAAGUAAAGUAUCUGACACAGCACGUUAUAACCCACAAACACAAUGGCCUCUCCUUGAUCUUCAGCAUACUAAACACAUCAAGAGGCGUCUAGAUAUCAAAGCACCGUCCCCUGACUCUGACUCAUCUUCUAGUACUGACAGUGAGGAUGAAACAACACACCACACAGAGAUGCCAGGGAAGGUGGAGAUUGCAGGACUUCCAUUGCAAGAAUCUCAAACAGGAAGUCAUGAUCCAAGCACAUUGUUUCCUUCCAUAGAUCUUGAGCACAUUCCCCACAUUAAGAGACGUCUAGAUAUCAAAGCACCAUCACCACCACCUGAUUCGUCUUCCAGUAGUGACAGUGAAGAUGAAACAACACACCACACACAGAGGCCUGGGAAGGUGGAGAUCACAGGACUUCCAUUUCAAGAAUCUCAAACAAAAAGUCAUAAUCCAGACACAAAGUGGCCUGCCCUUGAUCUUCAGCAGACAAUGCACAUCAAGAGGCAUCUAGAUAUCAAAGCACCACCACCACCACCUGAUUCAUCUUCUAGUAGUGACAGUGAGGGUGAAACGGUAAACCAUAUCACCAAGCAGGAGCAAGUACAGAUGAACAUGGCAAGGCUUCCAAGUAAAGUACCUGACACAGCACGUUAUAACCCACAAACACAAUGGCCUCUCCUUGAUCUUCAGCAUACUAAACACAUCAAGAGGCGUCUAGAUGUCAAAGUACCAUCACCUGACUCUGACUCAUCUUCUAGUAGUGACCAUGAGGAUGAAACAACACACCACAUACAGAGGCCUGGAAAGGUGGGGAUCACAGGACUUUCAUUUAAAGAAUCUCAAACAGAGAGUCGUGAUCCAGACACAAGGUGGCCUGCCCUUGAUCUUGAACAUAUUCCUCGCAUCAAGAGGCGUCUAGAUAUCAAAGCACCAUCACCACCACCUGAUUCAUCUUCUAGUACUGACAGUGAGGAUGAAAUGACGCACCACACAGAGAUGCCAGGAAAGGUGGAGAUUGCAGGACUUCCAUUGCAAGAAUCUCAAACAGGAAAUCAUGAUCCAGACACAAGGUGGCCUGCCCUUGAUCUUGAGCAUAUUCCUCGCAUUAAGAGGCGUCUAGAUAUCAAAGCAUCAUCACCACCACCUGAUUCAUCUUCUAGUAGCGACAGUGAGAAUGAAACAAUCAACCAUAUGAACAAGCACAAGCAAGGACAGAUGAACAUGGCAAGUCCUCCAAGUAAAGUAUCUGACACAGGACGUAAUAACCCACAAACACAAUGGCCUCUCCUUGAUCUUCAGCAUACUAAACACAUCAAGAGGCGUCUAGAUGUCAAAGUACCAUCACCUGACUCUGACUCAUCUUCUAGUAGUGACAGUGAGGAUGAAACAACACACCACAUACAGAGGCCUGGAAAGGUGGGGAUCACAGGACUUUCAUUUAAAGAAUCUCAAACAGAGAGUCGUGAUCCAGACACAAGGUGGCCUGCCCUUGAUCUUGAACAUAUUCCUCACAUCAAGAGGCGUCUAGAUAUCAAAGCACCAUCACCACCACCUAAUUCAUCUUCUAGUACUGACAGUGAGGAUGAAACGACACACCACACAGAGAUGCCAGGAAAGGUGGAGAUUGCAGGACUUCCAUUGCAAGAAUCUCAAACAGAAAGUCAUGAUCCAGGCUUGAUGUUUCCUUCCAUAGAUCUUGAGCGUAUUCCUCACAUUAGGAGGCGUCUAGAUAUCAAAGCACCAUCACCACCACCUGAUUCGUCUUCUAGUAGUGACAGUGAGGAUGAAACAACACACCACAUACAGAGGACUGGAAAGGUGGAGAUUACAGGACUUCCAUUUCAAGAAUCUCGAACAGAGAGUCAUGAUCCAGACACAAGGUGGCCUGCCCUUGAUCUUGAGCAGACAAUGCACAUCAAGAGGCGUCUGGAUAUCAAAGCACCACCACCGCCAACUAACGCAUCUUCUAGUAGUGACAGUGAGGAGGAAACAAUCAACCAUAUAAACAUGCAGGAACAAGGGCAGAUGAACAUGGCAUGGAUACCAAGUAAAGUACCUGAAACUGCACAUUAUAACCCACAAACCCAGUGGCCUCUCCUUGAUCUUCAGCACACUAAACACAUCAAGAGACGUCUAGAUAUCAAAGCAUCAUCACCUGACUCUGACUCAUCUUCCAGUAGUGACAGUGAGGAUGAAACAUCAGGCCAUAAUAAAAAGCAGACACCAACAGGGGUGGACUUUGCAGUGCCUUCAUUUGAGAAAUCUCAAACAGGAAGUCAUGACCCUGGCACAAUGUUUCCUUCCAUAGAUCUUGAGCAUAUUCCUCGUAUUAAGAGGCGUCUAGAUAUCAAAGCACCAUCACCCCCUUUUGAGCCACCCUCUAGUUGUGAGAUAGUGGAAAAAUGUGAACAAAGGAAGGUACACAUUUCAAGACAUCCAUCUCAAGGAUCUCAAGCAGAAAGUCGUGAUCCAGACACACAGUGGCCUGUCGUAGAUCUUGAGCAUACUAUGCGUGUCAAAAGGCGCCUAGAUAUCAAAGCACCCCCACCAAGUUCUGAUUCAUCUUCAAGUAGUGACAGUGAGGAUGAAACAACAUACCAAGUUAAGAAAGGGGAGCAAGGAGAGACACACAUGGCAAGGUCUCCAACUGAAAUAUCUCAAACUGUACGUUAUGACCCACAAACACAAUGGCCUCUCCUAGAUCUUGAGCAUACGAAACAUGUCAAGAGGCGUCUAGAUGUCAAAGCACCAUCACCUGACACUGACUCAUCUUCAAGUAGUGACAGUGAGGAUGAAACAACACACCACACAGAGAGGCCAGGGAAGAUAACCUUUGCUGAGCUUCCAUUACAAAAAUCUCAAACAAUAAAUCAGGAUCCAGAAUCACAGUGGCCUGCUCUUGAUCUCGAGCAUAAUUUGCGCAUCAAGAGGCGUCUAGAUAUCAAAGCACCAUCACCAGUCUCUGAUUCAUCUUCUAGUAGUGACAGCGAGGAUGAAACAACACUCUCCACAAAGACAGCGAGGCCAGGGGUGGUGGGAGUUGUAGGGCCUCCAUUUCAAGAAUCUCAAACAGUGAGUCGUGAUCCAGAAACACAGUGGCCAACCGUAGAUCUCGGUAAUAUUACUCGCAUCAAGAGGCGUUUAGACAUUAAAGCCCCAUCACCACCUCCUGAUUCAUUAUUAAGUGGUGGAAGUACAAAUCAUACAAUGGAAGGAAAGAGAGAGGAAGCUAUCAAAAUUAGUCCAGGUCACUCAUCAGGCAGCUCAGAUGAGCAAGAGAAGAGUAUUGAAAAUUUAAGAUACCCCCCACCAACAGUAAAACCAGAUUCAAGAUGGCCUACACUGGAUCUCAACAGUGACCUCCAUGUCAAAAGGCGCCUGGAUAUCAGGGCACGUUCACCUCCAUCUGAGUCAUCUUCCAGCAGUGAUGAGAGUGAAAGUGGGACUACAAACCCACCUAAAACAGAUGUGGGGAUUACAAGUCAUAGACCAGAAGGAAAGAUGCCGGACUUGAAAGUGAACGUCCCUCCUGUCAAGAGGCGUUUGAAUAUCAAAGCACCAUCAGCACAACCAGAUCUGGUUCUUAGUAGUGUGUCUCCAAGCUCUCGACAAUCUGAAUCAUACUCUUCCAGAAGCAACAGUGAGGAUGAGCUCAGAGACCAAGCUAAAGCAGGACUGGGAGUAUCUGCCCCAUUAAAGACCAUGGAAAAGGAGUUCAUUACAACACCAAAGACCCCACUGAUAAACAAUUCUCACCGCCCAAAGGCAGACCACAAUAUCAAAUUAGAAAAGUAUACAGUUGUUACAGAUGAUGUGGGGGUAAAAACAGGUGACAACAUCAGCAGACCGCCAGAGAUAAACCCAGAACUCCAGUCACGAUGGGCAACAAUGGAUCUUGGCAUCUCCCGAUUCAGAAAGCGUCUUGAAAUCACAUCGCAAACACGUGAACCACCAAAUCUGCCCUCAUCACCUCCACCUGACUCCCCCUCGUCUUCCAGCAGUGAAAGUGGGACUGGGAGCAAAAGCAGCAAAACAAGACAAAAGAGAGAGGGAGUUGGAAUUCAAGGAAUCAUACACACAGAAUCAUCUGUAACCACCAAAAACAAAGUGCAGAGGAAGGCUGGGACAGAGCUCAGAGGCCAAACAUCAGAGGAGUCUCCUUCAGUCCACCCCCAUUUGAGUCUCACCAAUAUCCCCCAUGUCAAGAGGACUUUGGAUAUCAGAGCACCGUUACAAAGGGAAUCAUCCUCCAGCAGCAGUAGUGAGGAUGAGACGAUAGCCCAUAGUGUUCCUGACCUAAGUCUCGGAGUCCCACGUGUAAAGAGGCGUCUGGAUAUCAAGGCGCCAUCACCAGAGCCAAGUAAUUCCUCCAGCAGUGAGAGUGAAAAUGAGGUGACACAAACCACUGCAAACCAAAGCAGAUAUCCAUCCAAUAUGUCAGGAAUGAUAGACAACGACCAUCUAAUCACAUAUAAGCGUUUAAUUAUGAAACCGUCAACGCCUCUGGGUAAUUCUUUCACCCCCAGUGGCAUGGAUCAAACUAUAGACCACACAAAACAAAGAUAUACAGGGACUGAAAUAGUAACUGUUACACAAGGAGGUCCAUUUCACAGUGUGGGAGACAGAGAUGCGUCUCUUUCCCCAAAGAGAGUUCCCAGUAUGAGCUUUGAUGAUGUAGUAAAGAAAAGGCUUGAGCAGUCCAGAAGCACCACAGAUUUAGACGUUCCACCUGAGAUAAGGUGGACUGGUGUUGGCCGUCAGCUUCCUGACCAUUCCCUUCCUGGUCCAAGGAGACAUCCGGAUGUAGGCGUAUCAUCUCCACAGCAGCCUCCACCUGCAAAGCCAGAAUGUCCCCCACCUGACUCCUCCAGCAGUGAAAGUGAUGAUAACAUAAAACAAGACAAAGGGAAGGCAUAUGUGACACUGACGCAUAAACACUCAUCUCUUAGUGCCAGUGGCGUUUCUCUUGCAUCCAGCAGAGCUCUUGACAAGUUUGACAGCCCACCCAGCAGCACAAGUGAGCUUCUGAGGGCUUUAUCUGAGGACACAAAUAAAAGGAAAGGCCUCAGUGCCCUAAAAGCCAUGUCAACGGAGAGACAAAAGUGGGACACAGUAGAGAGAAAUUUAGAUAAGGGAGCAUCUCCUGCAUUUGAUGACACCAGUUUUAACUAUCGCAGGUCUGAGGAGGAUGUCAAGCCCCUGGCCAAACAGCCACUACCACAAUUACGUCUCUCCUCUACUUCAGUAGAUGAGAGAGGAGCUAAAGAUCUGCUGUACGACAUUCCUCGCUACAGAAGGCAUGACAUGGGAGAUACUGAACCACCACAGAGGGCUCCACCUCCUGUUCCAGCAACACCACCACCACCAUAUGAGGCAGUAGGGCUGUCACGGAGGUUUCCACAGAGCAGUAAGACACAAGGGUUGGAAGGCACCAGAUCUUAUCUGCAACAGAGCAGACAGACAGAGGAAUCAACAAGUUCUUCACUUACGUCACAAAACCUGGCGGUCUAUUUCGACUCCUCUAACGUGAACAUUAGUGAAGUCUGAUUUUUUUUUAAAGAGUCCCUGCAUCCUUAACACUGACAAAACAAACAAAUGAUUGGCACUGCGUUGAUCUUAGGCGGCCAGUGAAUAAGAUGUUGUAAAUUAUAUUUUAAAGUAUUAAGCUUGAAAUGAAAUGUAAAUACUAAUAAUUUAUUGUGUGUAACUGUUGUAGAGAGGAGUAGAGGGCACUAUAUUUGUCUUUCAGAUUUGCCCUAUUCCUGUAAAUCAUCCAUAACAAAGACGUUUGUCUGUAAUUCAUUUUGCAACAAGAAUCCAUAUCAUCUUGUCAUGUAUAAUUAAUACACAUAUAAAGAGACCUUAAUAAAAUCUUAUCGAUGAACAAUAUAA